UGGCUUGACCGCAGUGAAUUUACUUACGUCAACUGGCUUUCCCAAAACAGCCGCACCAAAUGAGCACAGCUUUUUCAGAAACUCCUCGGAGAAUGAGCUUGCUGGUAAAUUGCUCUGCAAGUCAACAAAUGGCAUAUUUUUUUCCGUGUGCGGGAAGCGACGGGUAGUAGACGUCCUCUCCUCUUCAGUACAAGCGUUCUUAUUGGCAGUGUGGCAAUAGCCACGUAGCAUUAUGUAACAUAGUGAAUGAUACGUCGACCUCGCCUCCAUAUUGGAUGUGGCAACGUGGAGCGAUCGAUAAGUGCCUCAAUUAUUUGCUGCUUGGAGAUGUGCCAAACCUUAUGUGAUGACCUUUCACAGCGUUAGGCGAACAGCUCGGGAGCGACGCCAGAACACACCCAAUACAGCCAUCAAGUCACAAGUCAACAUACGACAUGUCAUGAGCGGGAGAGGGCACCGUUCUUUCGGUAAGUUGCAGUAACACUGUGGCAAACGUGUAUGCUCAGGUAACCAAGAUUGCUAUUGGAUGCCCGGAUGCUACUUAUUCUGUCGCCCCCUUAUCAGGUCAGGGAACUGGAAUGUUCUUGUCCGUGUUUGAAACACCAUGUAGUUUAAUUGAACUUGAACUAAGUUACAUCUCGUAUUUGUUGAUAAUGUAACCCUAGUCUUUGCCGCUGCUCUUGCACGCUUUGUUGUCCUGUAUCUACCAUAAAGUGUCCUGAGCUUGCCCCGCAGUACCUCUCUCUUCGCAGUGAUCGGCACCUCCUCGGCCUUCAUUACCGCCUGCAUUAAAGCCUGCCAGAUGGCCGAAAUCCUCACUCCUGCGGUACAACAGCUCUCCACUUGCACUACUCCCUCCGUGUUCCCUGCUGCGCUGAUCUCCUCCGCCACGCCGCCCAGCCAUCCACCCGCUCACGCCACCGCCUGCUGCACGUUCCCCGUCUCGACGACCUGCCAAUACGCCCCGAGGAUCCGUCCUUAAUAUCCGCUCCGAUGAACCUUUCACCGCAACCCUUUCAGCCUCCGCUUGCUGCUUGGUCCCGUUAACAUCAGAUCAUGACAUCAAGCAUAAUAAUAAUAUAAGUCUGAUCAAGCCAGUUUGCUACUGAGACCAACAAAAGGAGGACUUGCAUUGGAUAAGCCAGGCAGGCCAAACAGGACGGACACCAGCCAUGGCCGAAUCCCAAAUCCUGUGCAUGGAGGACGGCCACAUCGGCGUCCAAGUGCCGGAGACCCGGCCGGAGUUCUACUACAGCGAGGAGCAGCGCGCCGCCGUCGAGGAGCUCCUCAAGAACGGCGACGGCGCCUUCAAAAUGCGACUCAAGAACGACAACAUGAAAGACUUUUUAUCCGCUCGAGAGGUUAAAAUGGUGAACAACAACUUUAAACUCUACGAGGAAGCCGCAGACGGUAACAGGGAGGCGGUGUCGUCUCCGUCGUCGGACUCGGGAGUUCACUCCACCUACUGGCCGCAGAUGUCCGACACCGAGGUGCCGGCGCUGGACAUUGGCUGGCCCAGCUGGGGCUUCUUCAAGGGGGUGACCCGUGUGGCGGUCCACACGCACCCGCCCAAGGACAACGGGCCCCAUAUCAAGGAGGUGGUGCGCAGGCUCAUCCAGGGGUCCAGCAAGGUGAUCGCCAUCGUGAUGGACCUGCUGACGGACCUCCAGAUCCUGCAGGACCUGAUGGACGCCGCCUGGCGCCGCUCGGUGCCCAUCUACAUCCUGCUGGACAACAAUGGCGUGCCACACUUCCUGGACAUGUGCUCUCGGCUGCAGAUUGGCGCACAGCACCUGCGGAACAUUCGUGCCCGAACACUCAGGGGGGUGGGCUUCAACUUGUCAUUUGGCAGACUUCCUGGCUCCAUGUGCUCCAAGUACAUGCUGGUGGAUGGAGACAAGGUGGUCUUUGGAUCUUACAGUUUCUCGUGGUGCACGUCGCGCAUGGACCGCAACACCAUCACGGUGAUGACGGGCCAGGUGGUGGAGUUCUUCGACCAGGACUUCCGCGAGCUCUACGCCGUGUCGGAGAAGCUGGACCUCUUCCGCGAGUUCCACGUGAGCCCGCCGGCCAUCAAGAGCGCCACCGUGCCCUCCAAGGUGGGCCCCAAACGCCCUCCGCUGCCCGCCACCACGUCCCGCUUCCAAGUCACCCUCGGAGACGCCCGCAAAGCCGACAUCGAGGUCCCCGCUCACAAGUACUACAACCCCAAGUACUUCCUCUUGUUCCCGGAUAUCCCGCACCCGGCCAGGUCCCUGCAAGGGCCCACUAGACCAUCUGAGCUCUUGCGGCUUACCGAGCCCAUGGACCAGGUCACCAGCAGCGAGAAGCUGGACCGCCUCAGCCCGCUGGCCUCGGAAACCCCUGUGGAAUUCCUCAAGAAACCCGACGCCGUUCCGCAGGAGAAGAAGAGACUGACGCUGAGACAGAAGAUCUCCAGGAGGCUGUCGUCCAGCAAGCUGUCCAUCAACAGCGGGAGGUCCAGCCCUGUCCCCGCAGAGUCCACAGAACACCUCGGGAGCCGGGACCACCUGGAGGUCAGCGUCAAGUCGCCCCCCAACAAGCUCAAGCUCCUCAAGAGGCCGUCCACGCUCGGGCCCCGGACGGACUUGGCGCAGACGGUCGACACCACGCAAGACGCCAUAAGCUUGAAGAGUCACCAUCGAUCCAAACAAGUCUGCAAAGUGUCCUGAGGUCUCGUUUUGGACCAAGAUUUUAUUUUAAAUAUCUAUUUUAAACGGUUUACAAGCACUAAAUUCACUUUUGUUGGCGUGUAACGUGUUGAAGCAAAGACUCAGACAUCUUGCUGCUCACAGGAAGUCGCUUGCUAGCUGAACAGAUGAUCAAUCAAAGUGGGUAUUAAGACAAAAAGACCAGUGCCUUCAUUCUUGUAGAAAAAUAAAAUGACUUUGAUUAUUUCA